AUGAGCUCAUGCACUGCGGCGACGCAGCGCAUUCUUUUGUUUGUUGUGGCAUGUGUCUCCAUCGCUACAGGCUUGUGGAUCAAUAGGAAGGCUGUUCAUGAGGAUCCGAAGCCUGACCUGGAGGCGUUCGGUGCGCUAAACUUGGCGCAAGCCCGCGAAGCGCUGGGUUUUCCAGACUACAGCCUGCUGAUGUGCUCAGGACCGAAGUGUGAGCGCUUUGAGCGGAUGCUUAUGACGCUGAUCUAUGUGUUCAAGCUCAUGAACUCUGGCAAGGCGGGUCACGGUGGUUUCAUGGUCCUUUUGUCCAUGUCACUUCCCCUGGUGCUGGCGAUGUGUGCGCAGGCCCUCAAGCCCGAAACAACUUUUCUACAGCGAGGCAUCUCUGUGACGAUCGUCAUUCUAUUCGGCCAGGUAUUUUGCUUGGGCGCAUCGGUGCCUCUGCUCUACAUCCCUAUCACGGCCUUGGUGCGUAGCCUGGACCUGCUCAAGACGUUCCCUGAGCGGCCCUACGGCAAGUAUGCGCCGCUUCUGAUAAAGCAGCUCGUGACUUGCUUGUGCAUCAUGGCAGUGGUGAAUGUGCUGGCUCCGAUGGACCACUGGACGUGGCCGUACAUCAACUUUGUGUUCCAAUUCUCGCCCCUGAUCAUGCUGUCGCUGUCCGUAUUCACGACCUUGUUCGGUCGCCAAAAGUCAGUGACGACGACCAAGGUGUCCAUUUUCUUUGAGGACGACUGCCUUGUGUCAGCCGCCAUGUACUGGUACGGCAUGUACCACCUCUUGCCCACGCUGGGACGUUGGUACAGGGGCGAAGACCUUGGCCUCAACGACGGAGAGAAGCUCAUUCUGUGGGACAAUGUGGGUAUUUUUCUCACCUUGAUCUAUUGGGUCGUAGUGGAUGGCAUUGCCGACUACCAACUCAUGUUUGAGCAAACGCGCCCUCUGCACAGGGUGCCGCCCACAGCUUGGAUCCUCGGCAUAAUUCGCAGCAUCUUCAUCGCUGUAUUGUUUGGUCCCGGCGUGGUCAUGGACCUGUACUUUGCGGGUCGCGAGGAUGCUGUGACGCCCGUGCACUCGUUCAUCAAGCAAGACUUGCCCAAGCAAAAGCGCUCGUAG